CACAAGUGUAAAGCUCACAGCCCAUUCACACCCUCGUUCCCACUCACCGGAAGGGAAACACAAGGGCAGCUCCAGGUCCGUUUCUUCCUCCCGUCCCCGAGCAGAGAAACACGCGUUGAGCAAGAAGGUUCCGCCCCGAGGCUGUGCAUGUGGGGAAAGGUCACUUCUGGCCACAACAUGGAACUGGAUGAGACUAUGUGUAAGGAGCCCGUGUGUCAGCACCCGCAGUGCUGGGGUUCCUUCCACAGGAUCGACAGAGGGAUCCCUCAUUACCGACCCCUGGGCUAUUGCCAGAGAUCCGCCAGUACAGAGGAAGGUGGGCUUCCUGUGCUGUCAGUGAGCACAAUGCCUGGCCCCCCGCUCUCUAUAGCCAGACAUUUGCAUGCAGUCUCUCCCAUCAGACUUGCAGGGCUGUCGUACUCUGCGCUCUAUAAACUCUACAACAAGACUUCCAGCAGCAUUGCCAAGAAGAUGCUCCCGAAUGUCAGUUCACACAACGAAUCCAAAAGGUCUAGAACAGUCGGGCACAGGGCCUCUCCCAGACACAAACCUGAUGUUACAGAGAACAGAAUCACAUCCUUGGUAUGGAUGCCAACCACUCUGUGCCCACAACAGAAACAGGAAGAGAAACUAAAGCCCCUCAGAGUUGGAAUAACAGAGCUCACAUUGGAAAGACUUCGAUGUAAAGAUGUGAGGGGUGAUAGCGGGGACAUUGAAGUGCCAAAACUUAGAAGAAAGACUCAAGUUCCAACAGGCGGGUGUCCUCAUAACCUCUCACUGACCUGCAUCCAACCCUCGGCCAGGGGAUCCAUGAAAUGCAGAGCAUCGGGCAGCUCAGCCACGGAGAGCAUGUUAGAGUUCAAGGGGAGGUAUAAUGGGCAGCAUAUCGACACCGGGUCUUUAACACUGUCCGCUCCAGAAGUGGAGAACCAACGGGUCGUUCUGCAUAGUGUUAAAGACAAGCACCAGCAGGGGGCAGUAAGAGCAAGCCCUGUGUACAAGCUGGAUGAUAAGCAUCUGGAAGCUCUAAAUGACAUGGAAAUAAAAGUGGAGAGCAUACGAAACCAGUAUUACCUGUGGAACAAAUACAUGGGCCUGGCCAAGCACAGCGGCCGAAUGAAAGCCCAAGAUCCCCAGUCCUACAAGGAGCAAACACUGAGUAGUUACAAGCAGAUGACCCUGGGAGUGAUUGGGAAUCUGCGGCUUUACCCCUACGAUGGAGAUUACUACAAACAAAAUAUGACAACUUCACUUGAAGGUUCCACACCCUAUGCCUGUGGCUCUGACAGGAGCAGGAGACUCAUAUCCUUGGGAAGUGUCUCUCAUGGCUCCUGGGCUGAAUCUGACCAAUCAUCUGCAGGGACGGACUCAUUACCUGAGAGCGGAACAGCAACCCAGAGAGAGGAGGCUAAUGCCGACGUCACUUCCAGGCCCGAUGUUCCAGACAUCACACUGGGACUGGAAGUGCUACAACAGACACACACUCUUGGAGAUACAGGAACUCUACCCACUGAUCCAUCAAAACCUGCAAUCAAAGACGUCCAGGCACCACUGGAACCAGUAACCCUAACCCCACAGCCAAAUGCACCUCCCCCAACCCCAAUGAACACUGAGAAUUAAAGGGGCUCCCAAUACUCCUACUCUCAUAUACUGUCAUUUACUAUCUGAUAUUGUCAAAACCAACAAAAAAAUAAACAACACACAAAUUGUA